AUGGUAGCUCCGUUCAAAGUGCCAAAUUUAUGGAAAGAGAGAAAUUCGAGGGCCAGAUUUCUCCCCAUAUUAUCCCUUGCUUUUCACCCAAAGGAUUUAGGGACUCUACUGAUCGGAUACUCGGAUGGAGCUGUGAUUUUUUCUAUCAAACAAAAUGUUCCCGUCAAGUACUUCCAGUAUGAGGUACCCAAGGGCGCUCCAGGUGGUGAUUCAGACCCCUCCUCGGCUCGUGAGACGAGGUGGCCCAAAGUUGUCAAGGCACUCUGGCACCCAACUGCCACUUUUGUUUUAACUGUGCACGAAGAUUCAUCUCUUGUGUUUUGGGACCCGAAAGAUGGGCGUGUCGUCAUGGCUAGAACGAUACAGGCAAUAGAUGUGAAUAAACCAGGCGAACUCGCGUCUACUUCUGGCUCAACUCCUAAUACUUUCUCACUAAAGGCACCUAUUUUUGAAAUUGCAUGGUGUUGCAAAGAAAACCCGGACGAUACGGGGCUACUAAUAGCCGGCGGAACACCUACCACUGAGAUGACAAAAGGGCUCACGUUUAUUGACCUUGGGAUUACUCCCAACUACCAAACUUCUUCCUGGCAAGUCCUGUCUGGUCAUUUCUCAUCUUUAAAGCGUCAGUCAACGUUAUCGACUCCGCCAAAUGCAGAAGUAGCCCAGUUUUGUCUAAUUCCCAGAGCAUCACCCCAUUUCGGGGGUGCUCAAGACCCUAUUGCAGUUGUUGCUCUUCUAUCAUCCGGGGAGCUAGUUACUCUAAGCUUUCCAAGCGGAUACACCAUAACUCCUACCAAUGUUUUCCCUCCGUCUCUAACAAUGGUCCAUCCAUUUGCUACCAACUUUGAUCUUGCUUGCAUCGACAGGACAAGAUGGCUUGGUUGGCGAGAGAAGAGAGCACAAGGACCACCCCUUCUUAUCGGGGGAGCAGCAGCAAAAAAGGCACUUAAACGUUUUGAAAGCCGAGAUAUUGCUAUUGUUGCACAUGCAGAUGGUCUCAUACGUCUCUGGGAUAUCGGACAUGACGAUCAGAUAGAGAAUCCUACGGUUCUUCAAGUGGAUCUUGCUCGCGCAGUUGGGAGGUAUGAUGGAAUUGCAGCCACCCAGAUGUCAUUUUCUGGCGCCGCAGGCGAACUUUCUGUCGGCCUCCAAAGCGGAGAGUUAGUGGUUUUUAAAUGGGGCCGGAAUGAAAACGCUGGCCGAGAUGUACCCCUUGGGGAGAAUAAUGGGCCAGACCAAAUUACUAGCAUCUCUCAUAGAGGUGACCCUGGACUGAAGGAAGGGCUACUCCCUCUUGCACUGCUAGACCAAAGCCAGGGAUCAAUUACCGUUCUCAAGCACAGUGAUGUAGGAUUCAUCUGUGUCGGAUAUAAGUCUGGAAGCAUCGCAUUUCUUGACUUACGCGGCCCGGCUGUGAUAUACUCAGCGAACUUGACGGAUUUUGCAGCCAAACAGUCACGGCGAAGCAGCUGGAAAAGUCAUUCUUCAAUGGAAAAAGGGGUAGAUUGGCCAACUUGUGCUGAAUUUGGUGUUUUAAGAAUUGAAGAUGACAGUUACUCGAGUAUCAGCUGCUUCGUUGGCACAAACAACGGUCACUUAGCUACAUUUAAAAUCCUUCCUUCAUCUGGCGCAACGUAUACUGUGUCUUUUGUUGGGUCAUGUAGUUUGGAUGACAGGGUGCUAUCCAUUUGCCCUAUUAAUGCGGAGACUGGAGCUCAGACACUAGCUACACAGGACGCCGUCUCAGACUUACGAAAUGGCGGUAAAGUCAAUGGAGUGAUAGUCGCGGCCACACCUUCUGGUUGUCGUAUUUUCAAACCCGCUACAUCUAAAGGCGCCCAUAAGAAUUGGGAUGACUUCAUGUGUGAUGCAGCCUCUGUGGUUCACUCCUCUGGGGGGUGCAGCGUGGUAGGCUUGUUUGGUGAUGGGAAAGCUAGGGCGUACUCUAUACCAGCCUUAAAGGAGAUUGGCUCUAUAAGUAUUGGAAAGAUACUUGAUACUAGAAGGUUGGGUGAUGCUCGGAUAUCACCAUCCGGAGAUAUUCUUGCAUGGACUGGGCCGUCUGAACUGGCUAUGCUUCAUGUUUGGGGUAUCGGUAGCCCGUUGUACGUGGAAAUGAAGUUGUUGUCUCCCUCUAAUAUGAACAUCAAACUGACAAAACAUCCUCUCACAUAGGCUCCGGUCAGCAGAUAGGCUCUUUAACCCCGAAGCAAUCGCCCCACCUCGCCCAACUAUCUCCAAUCUACAAUGGAUAUCCGGGACGCAAUUUGUAUCAACUGCAGAUGUGGAUUUAUUGGGUAAGUUUUUAGCCUCGAUAAACCAAAGCCAUACAUGUUAGUAGCUGGUUUAACGCAAAUCUACUUGUAGUUGGAGGACCAAACCGCCCUCCCUCUAAGCGCAUGCUUGAGCAAAUGCGUCUCGAAGAGCAAGAGCGUCAAAGGGCAGAGCGUGAAGGGCGUCUUCCCCGAACCAGCACCUCUAACUCCCAGGGUUCACAAGAGUCAUACUGGGCGUAUAUGCAAAGGCAAAUGCAGGAAAGAACUGAAAAUUUAAACAUUAUGGGCGAUAGCAUGGAUCGCCUUGGAGAGAACAGCAGCGGCCUAGCAGAUGACGUUAACAAGUUUGUCAGGAACCAAAAGAAGAAGGCAGUUCUAGGAGGUAAGUCAAUAUCUCCCUGCUUUACGAAGAUAUGCUAAAAACCGGCAUGAAUGCUGAUGUUAAAUCCUCCAGCGCUUGGCUCGAAAUUCGGGUUCUGAUACUAUCUGGACACAUGCCUCAAGGACGUAAAACUGAUGGCAUGUGCCUCUGUUCUUGGAAUCCCACACCCUGUACUUCUUCUCCUUUCAUCCUGAUUCGGGAGGGGGUUUCCCCUCUCUUUUCUGUCGCUCACGAUUUUAUCGAUGAUCUAUAAUCUUAGAGAAGGGGCCGAAGUUAGGUUUCAUCCACGCCAAUUUAGGGCAAUGAUGGGCUCUUUGGAGAUAACCAAGUUCGUUUCAGUAGUACUAUUAACUACACUCACAGAUAAUGUACCGUUACACGUGAACAGGCAGACAAGAACGGUAUGUCGGCUAUCCCUUAAGGAGUCCCAUUUCCCUUCUACGCAAACGAUGUCACAGAUACGGAAAUACCUAGGAAGAAAUGGAUCUCAUGACUAGGUAGAAACAAAACUCAAGCUUAUCAUAUGCAGUGCUCCAUACACUCCCCAUCUAUAUUUAUGAGGUGGCGGUAAGAAGUUACAAGAAAGAGCAUUCUUGUGUUUAUAUGCAUCUCCCCACAAGAUCCUUGUUCCUAAUAGCCCUUCAUUAUCAAUGCCUCGAAGGAUGAACCAUGAACAGUUUCCGCCCC